AUGGACACUUGUCCGGAAGGGCAUCGUGGACCCACACCGGGUCCCUGGAAUCAUAAGUUCAUGGUUCCGGGGACGACUCCCGGUGCCCGCGGGCAAUCGCUCUUACGGGCACCGGGGGUCGAGUCCCCUUCACCGAGUCCCACGGGUGUUCCCGGGGGAGCUCGGGGGGACGGGAGGGGCGGAUUUUUCGGUCUCCCCACGUUGGGGGGGCCGGGAAGCCGUUCUGCUCGGGUAGACGGGCUGACGGGGCCGCUCGGACGUAUUCAGAGGCAGGGCUCGUCAGCCUGGGGCCCUUGGAGCCGCUGGGACGUUUCCCAGGCGGAGUCCGGGGCCGUAGGCGGGGGGCUGUCGGGGCCGCUCGGACGUUUUCCGAG